CUGCUCCACCUGUUUCUUGUUCCACCGUCCGAUCAGUUCUUUCUCUCUCCACCGUUGAUCACUCGUGUCGCUUUCAGGCCACGUGUUGCUUCCACUCCUUCCUAACCUUAGCUUCGGUAGUUCCGAAGCUCGAGGCUGCUGUCCCUUUCCCUUUAUCCCUUUUUCCCUGUCGUUAUUUAUCUUCCUUUGAGUCACUUACUCAGUCACUCUGCAGUUGUGAUCUUUCUUCGCAAAUCAACAACGUCAGUGUUGGGUACCCGGAAACUAGAUUGACUUCAAGUUAGUGUAACUGGCUGUCAAGGUGUGAUGGCAUUGGUCUCUGGAAGAAGUUCUGCUCUGAACCCAAAUGCACCUCUGUUCAUACCAGCUGCUCUUCGUCAGGUUGAGGAUUUUUCACCUCAAUGGUGGGAUCUUGUCAAAUCUUCAACAUGGUUUCGUGAUUACUGGUUGAGUCAGCAUAAGGAGGAAGAGUUUGAAGAAGCUGCUAAUGACUCUACUAAUGAUAUAGAGAACAUGCUCUCAGAAUCUUUUGAUCUUGUCAUGGAAGAAGACUUCAAUGUUCUAGAAAACGAGUUUGAGCAAUUGGUACUGUCCUGCGAAUCUCAAGAUCAUCCUGUUCAGGAUAAUCCUAAUGAUGGAAAAUUGGCUACUCCUGAUCUUAACAAGGAUGUUAAAGCUCUUCUUAUUAACAUGGCACCAAAAUCACCAAAGGAAAGGGUUCCUAAGUCCCCUUCAGGGCUUGCAAAGCAUGUUGAGAAGGCAGCACAACGUGUGAAUGUGAAGGGUGUGUCUCACCGAAUCCACCAACCUCGUUGAGGAAACAUUUGAAGGUGAUAGCUUGCUAGAGCUAAUGUUACUCACUAUAGCAUGUGAUCUCUGCUGAAAUAAUUUUUGUAUAUAGAGGGUGCAGUGUCUUUGUAUGUUCUUGUUUCAUGGUGUUGUAUAUUUUGAUGGAGCCCUCUGAACUGUAGGUAGGUGAGACUUUAAUUCUGACAAGCCAAAAUCCUCGAACGUCGUCUAUGGUUGAUGAAACUUAAUCUCAUUUUCAAUAAAUCUUACAUGGCAUGGAACAACGUGUGCUAGUGUUUGAAGUGUCCUAGGUUCAAUGUUCCUGUUGGAGUGUACUUAUCAGCCUUAUGAUUUGUAACUUUAUUAAAGGAAAAAGAAAAUUAAAAGAGAAAUGAACCUGAGAGUUUGUGCAAAA